GAGACAACCACGGAGGCGGAGACAACCACGGAGGAGGAGACAACCACGGAGGAGGAGACAACCCCUCUGUUCACAACCACGGAGGAGGACACAACCACCGAGGAGGUCACUACAACAACUACCACCACGACAACCACCACAACCAUGGAGAUCACGACUUCAAGUGCUCCGGACGCCAACACCUCCCUGUGCGAGGAUGGAGGGUUUUGCGACGCAAUUUGCGACCUCGGCUUUGCUGGGGCGCGAUGCCGGGCAGACUGUGACAGCAACGCUCGGAAGAUCACGCGGACCUUUUGCAGGUGUGGCCUCUGCUCCGAGUAUCACCUGCUUCAGGAAACUGAGGACGUUGGCCUCUUGCACUUCCGCGCGCACGCAAUCACGGAGGUCCGGCAGAACAGCGAGGAAUCCAGCGAGACUCACUGCAAAUGCCGAAGCCCCUCCUACUACUGCAGGAAGAUUUGCGACGAUGGCCUGCGGUGCAAAGGGGAUCGUGAGUUAUCUUGCAUAAAGGGCUGCAUGGCAAAAUUCUCGGACGUGAAGAACAUUCUUGAGACCUAUGAGGAAAGCUGCCCAGAUUGCAAGGUCAGAGGUCCGAAGGACGAUGAUGGCAAGAAGCGGGACGAUGAUAAGAAGGACGACGACAAGAGGAACAAGGACGACGAUUUCUGGGUGCGUCGGCGAAAGGACGAUGAUGGCUGGCUGCGCCGCCGAAAGGACGAUGAUAAGAAGGAUGACGACAAGACAAGCAAG